AUGGCAGAAGCCUCUCAGAGCGUUUUCAAAAAAUUGAUGUUUGGUGUUCGACGAAAACGGAAAAUUGUCGAUACCUUCGAAAGUAUACAUAAACUUUUUUUAAUAGUUUUGGUAAUUAAAUUACGAAAACUUAAUUUUAUAUACGUGUGGGGCGAAGAUAUACCGGCACCAAUUGUUGAUUUCAGCUCAAUUAUCGGUAUUCCUGAACAAUUGCUAAAAAAUCUCCAAGAAUUUGAUAUAACAGGGCCAACACCUAUCCAAAUGCAGGCAAUAACAAUUAUGCUACAACGGAGGGAUUUAUUGGCUAGUGCCCCUACUGGAUCUGGUAAAACGUUAGCUUUUGUUAUCCCUCUUAUAUUACAAAUAAUUAAAAGGAAAGCUCGACUGAAAUCGCAGACAGUUCAUUCCUUAUAUGCUGUGAUCCUGGAACCGACUCGUGAACUUUCUAAGCAGACAUAUAUGCAGUGUUUGAAGUUUGCUCAAAAUCUUCCUGUAACUUGUGUUUUUAUGACCGAAAAUGAAUUUCUUGAUAGUGCUGAUAUUAUUGUAUCUACGCCAAAUAAAUUAGCAUUCUUAUUAAAUGAGCCGAAAAUUAAGGCCCGUUGGCUAAUCGUUGAUGAAAGUGAUCGAUUGUUCGAAACUACCGAAGGUAGUGAAAAAUGUUUUAGAAAUCAGUUGGCCAUAAUAUAUCAAGCAUGUUGUGGAAAAUACAUUCGACGAGCAUUUUUUAGUGCAACAUUUUCCUAUGAUGUCGAAGAAUGGUGUAAAGAAAAUAUAUUAAAUUUGUCUAUGGUCUGUAUUGGUGAAAGAAAUUCGACCGUUAAUACAGUUAAGCAAGAACUUAUUUUUUCUGGUUCUGAACAUGGAAAAGUACUUGCUUUAGAAUAUUUGUUGAGAGAACGUUUUGAACCACCCGCAUUAAUUUUUGUUCAAAGUAAAGAUAGAGCUCGACAACUUAUUUCGGAAAUCGGAACAUUUCGGCCUUAUAUUCCUGCAGCUUUGAUUUCGAGCGAAAAGAGUGAAAAAGAGCGUGAUGAAGCUAUUCGGCGAUUUCGCGAAGGCACAAUUUGGGUGCUUGUGUGCACAGAGUUGAUGGGUCGAGGGUUGGACUUAAUGGGAGUCAAUUUGGUUGUGAACUUUGAUCUCCCAACAUCAAUUAUCAGUUAUAUCCACAGAAUUGGUAGGACUGGUCGAGCUGGUAGAAGUGGACGCGCAAUUACAUAUUUUACUGAAAGUGAUAUAAAUAUUGUUAGACCAAUCGCUAAUAUUAUUAAGCAAGCUGGUUUUUCGGUGCCUGAAUAUAUUUUCAAAGUGAGAGAUAGAAAAAAAAUAUUGCGAUUUAUUCCUAAAAGGAAAAAUAUUGGUGCGAUUAAAAAGCGGAAAGAAACAAAAAAUAACAAUAGCUCUUCAGAAAAUUGUUGGUUUAAAAAAAAUUCUGUAAAAAAUGAACCACUCUAA